UCCGCCUGCUCCUGCAGCGGCCAAUCCGGCAAAGUCGUCUGCACCCGCCGCGGCCUUUCCCGUGCCCCCCCGGGUGUCCCCCCCAACACCCGCUACCUCAACCUGAUGGAGAACAACAUCGCCUUGGUGCAGGCCGACACUUUCCGUCACCUGCACCGCUUGGAAGUGCUGCAGCUGGGCCGCAAUUCCAUCCGCCAGGUAGAGGUGGGCGCCUUCAGCGGCUUGGCCAACCUCAAUACUUUGGAAUUAUUCGACAACUGGUUGACCGUGGUCCCCAGCGGGGCUUUCGAGUACCUCUCCAAACUCCGAGAGCUUUGGCUACGCAACAACCCCAUCGAGAGCAUCCCUUCUUACGCCUUCAACCGGGUGCCCUCCCUGCUGCGCCUGGACCUGGGCGAGCUCAAGAAACUCGAGUACAUCUCGGACGGAGCGUUCGAAGGUUUGGACAACCUCAAGUAUCUCAAUUUAGGGAUGUGCAACAUGAAAGAGGUGCCCAAUUUGACCCCUUUGGUCGGUUUGGAAGAACUGGAAUUAUCCGGCAAUCAUUUCCCCCGCCUUCAUCCCGCUGCGUUCCGCGGUCUCCGCGCUUUACGCAAACUAUGGAUCAUGAGUUCCCAGAUCAGCUCCAUCGAACGCAACGCCUUCGACGAGCUGACGGCUCUGGUCGAGCUCAACCUGGCCCACAACAACCUCUCCUCUCUGCCCCACGACCUCUUCGCCCCGUUGCGCUUCUUGGUGGAGCCUCACCUCCAUCACAACCCCUGGGCCUGCGGCUGCGACGCGCUCUGGCUGGCGGCGUGGCUGCGGGAAUCCAUCCCCAGCAACUCCUCGUGCUGCGGACGUUGCCACGCGCCGCCGGCCAUGCGGGGCCGCUUCCUUUUGGAGGUGGAAAGGGCGGCCCUGCGUUGCUCCGCUCCUUUCUUAGCCGACGCUCCGACCGACCUCAACAUCUCCGAAGGCCGCGGCGCCGCUUUGCGAUGCCGAACCGGCGCCAUGGCCGCCGUGCGUUGGUUGCUACCGGACGGGCAGAUUUUAAGCCACGCUUCAUCCCGCCCUCGUUUAAACGUUUUACACGACGGCACCCUCAAUUUCUCCCACGUGCUGACGGCGGACACCGGCCUUUACACCUGCAUGGCGGCCAACGCCGCCGGCAGCGCCAACGCAUCCGCCUACCUCAACGUCACCGCCGCCGAGCUGGACGCGUCCGCUUACAGCUUCUUCACCACCGUCACCGUCGAGACCACCGAAGCGGCGCCGGAUGACGCCGCCGCUGCACCCAAAGCCGCCAAAUCCACGCCACCGACGGCGCCCACGGCUUACAGGCCGGCUUACACGGCCACCGCCACCAUCCUGAUCCGCGGCACGCGGCGCGGCCCCACGGCGCCUCCCCCCGACACCGAGCACCGCGAGGCGCCUCACACCAGCUUGGACGAAGUGAUGAGGACCACCAAGAUCAUCAUCGGCUGCUUCGUGGCCGUCACCUUGCUGGCCGCCGCCAUGCUCAUCGCUUUCUACAAGCUCCGCAAACGCCACCAGCGCCGCGCCACCGUCACCGCCGCCCGCACCGUGGAGAUCAUCCAAGUGGACGAAGACGUGGCCGCCACCGCCGGCGCCGCCGCCACCGGGAUGCGAGGUGACAUCGGGGAGCAUCACGAACGCCCAGCGCCUCACUGCCCGGCGUCCUGGAUGGAAAACAGCUCCCUGCACGCUCCCGGAGCUCCCAGAGCCGAGCCUUUCUUGCUGCACCCUCAUUGCGGCAAGGACAGGGUGCAGGAGACGCAGAUCUGAGCUGCGCUGCUGCAGCCACGCUGCCAGGAUGGACCCGGCGCCGCGCGAAUGGGAGACGCUGAUCUGAGCCCAGGAUGCAAGGAUGGGGGGCGGGAGACUCCGAGCUGAGCUGCGGCGCAUGGACAGCGUUGCAGGAGAUGCUGAUCCGACCCCAGAAUGCAAAGAUGGGGUGCAGGAGAUGCAGAUCUGAGCUGCGGUGCAUGGACAGCGUUGCAGGAGAUGCUGAUCCGACCCCAGAAUGCAAGGCUGGGGUGCAGGAGACGCAGAUCUGCCCCAGCACUGCAUGGACAGCGUUGCAGGAGAUGCUGGUCUGGCCCCCAGAAUGCGAGGCUGGGGUGCAGGAGAUGCAGAUCUGGCCCCAGAAUGCAAAGAUGGGGUGCAGGAGAUGCAGAUCUGAGCUGCAGUGCAUGGACAGCGUUGCAGGAGAUGCUGAUCUGACCCCAGAAUGCAAAGAUGGGGUGCAGGAGAUGCAGAUCUGAGCUGCAGUGCAUGGACAGCGUUGCAGGAGAUGCUGAUCCGACCCCAGAAUGCAAGGCUGGGGUGCAGGAGACGCAGAUCUGCCCCAGCACUGCAUGGACAGUGUUGCAGGAGAUGCAGAUCUGGCCCCAGAAUACAGAGAUGGGGUGCAGGAGAUGCAGAUCUGCCCCAGCACUGCAUGGACAGCACUGCAGGAGAUGCAAAUCUGACCCCAUGUUGCAAGGGUGGGGUGCGGGAGAUGCAGACCUGAGCUGCGAU